AUGCCAAAAAAACGAGUACGAAAUUUAAAUCCGAAUCCGGAAAGACCGUGAGUGAAAGAAUCCAAUAAAAUAUGGAACAAAUUUUUUUCAAAUUUUUGUAGAAUGAUAAACAUCAAAUUGGAAGAUACACACGAUGAUGAAGCAUAUGGACUUCAACCAGGAACUGCUCCUAUUUCAAAUGUUGUUCAUCGUCAAAGAAGAAAGGAUAAUGAACUCAGUCAGCUGAUGGUAGGUGAUACAAGAUAUAAUUGUGAAGAAACCUUGAACAUCUCACAACAUUUUUAUACUGAAAGAGUACGAGUGUACUUUACUACCGUUAUAGAAAUUCUGCAUUUUUUCAAUUACUGAUCUUGUGACAUAAAAAGCUGAUGAAUGCCUGAAAAUUUUGGAAAAAAAUUCAUUUUCGGUGAAAAAAAGUGGAAGCAAACUUCUAAAGUAAUUUACUGGAAAAACUGACAGUAAUACUACUUCCAUUUUUUCCAAAAAUGAAUUUUAAUUUUUUUUUCUAGAAAAGCAUGAAUAUGAGAUAAGUUCACGUGAUAAGUCACCUGUAUCGGAAAAUCUUCAAAAAUUGGACCGAUGAUUUUUUGGGUCCAAUUCGGAACUUUUUUUUUUCAAAAAACCGUUUUCGAAAAUUACUGUAUUUCCAAGGGAAGAAGAACAAUCACUCAUUAAUAUUUAUUUAUUUGGCAAAUUUCCAAGUUUAUAAUUAUUAUCUCCAAGGGCUUUAACUGAUAAAGGACUAAUUUUUGACCAUUUAAUUAAAAAAAUGAUUUUCUGAAUUUCAGGACAGUCUAACUGGAUAUUAUACUCCGGUAACUGGAAGACGAAGUAGUAAACCUGUCAUAAUUUAUGAUGGUGGAACAAUUGGAAGUAGCAGUGACGAAGAUGAUAAAAUACGAGUUCGAAAGAAAAUUGAAGCAAUGAACAAGAAAACACAAGUAAGUUAUAUUAUUUCGAAAAAAACAAACAAACAAUAACCUCACUUGACAAAUUUUUUGUAACAACGCAACAAAGUUUUGUUCAUCUUUCUUCAUUUUACCUAUUUUUCUCUUUCUCUCACCUUCUCAUUUUUUUUAGCAACCCUUAUCAGUCGAUGUCAAUUUGACAAUGGACGCGUCCGCCGAAACGUCUGGUAUGUUUGUUAUUUACUUUUUCAUAUUUCCAAGAAAAAUAACUCAUUUUAACAACAGAUUCACAGCAAUCUUCGAAAAUCCAAAAAAAUCUGACCGAUUCGUUAUCACCAUACUUUAGUGCUAUGAAAGAGAAAAGAAGAACAGUGAAACGCGGUGAAUUUUUAUCUCUUUCUGGUGUCCGACAAAAGGCCGCAACAACAGGUGGGUGGCCUAGAAAACCGGUGGGAAUCUCGUCCCCCGCGAAAAGUAUUUUGUGUGUGUUCCCGGAUUUUUUUUUCGUGUUGUUGUGUUGUGUUGGUGUUCGUGUGUUCGCGCUUCAUCCAAUUGAUUUUUCUUUUCUCCAACUUUUUCCGCAGUUCGAAGAUUAUUUUUAGACUUGUCUUCUUCCGAAUAAAUAAUACUAUUUUCGUCGAUGCUAACAAAAACAACGUUCAUGCACACACACAGACACACUUUUGUUUUUCAUACGAAAACAACACUCUCUUUUUUUUGCUAACAAAAAUAAGCCGAAAUUCUUUUUUUUAUAGAUCAUAAUUCCGAAGGAGGCGCGACAACCGAUUCGACUGUUUCGCCCGUCGUUGUGAUGCCAGAACGACGAAAAAAUACGGCAGGAAUCGGACCAGUUGUCGGCCGACGAAGAACGCAGAAUAGCGCAAGUGCUGCGCUUUUCAGCAGUCCAGAAAAAGAGAUAAAUGAGGAUGAUGACUCUUUUCAACAACGCGUCAAACGUCCACGAACUCCGAAACAAUUAUUCUCCCCAAAAGCUGAGCGAAAAAUGAUGCAAUUACAACCAACAACAAGUCAAAAUAAUGAAUUAUCGCCUAUUUCAAGUGAUGGAGAAUAUUAUCAACAAUUGAAGGAGAAAAAGAAAAUUAGAAAAAAGAAGAGUGAAAAGCUGGGAAGUCGAAAGGAUGGAACUCUGAUUAGUGGAGGAAUUGAUGAUAAGGAAAAUAUUGUUGAUGAUGGUAGUAUCACAGUAAGUAAUUCAUUAAUAUUUUUGAGAUUGUUUCCAAACUUAUUCUCAAUAAUUUUCAGAUCAGCAGUGAACAACGUGAAAUGUUCGAGAAAAUUAGGCGAAAAGUUGCUGCUGAAAUCGAUUUAGGUGAAUCAACCUCUGGACAAUAUCAAGAAAAAGUUGACAAAGAACCACGUCUUCCUCGAGCUAUUCGAAUUGGUCGAUAUCAAAUCGAUACAUGGUAUUCGUCUCCAUUUCCAAUGGAAUAUAUUCAUGUGCCUAUUUUAUAUAUGUGUGAUUUUUGUUUGAAAUAUGUGAAGACUGAAAAUAUGAUGGUCAAUCAUUUGAGAAAAUGUAAACUUUAUCAUCCACCGGGUACUGAAAUCUAUCGUAAAGACAAUGUGAGUGUUUUCGAAGUCGAUGGAAAUUGUGCCAAAUCAUAUUGCCAAAACUUGUGUCUUCUUUCGAAAUCAUUUCUCGACCAUAAAACACUUUUCUAUGAUGUCGAACCAUUUUUAUUCUACAUUGUCACAAAAAAUGAUAGCGAAGGAUGUCAUUUUGUCGGAUAUUUCAGCAAGGUAAACAAUUUUGUUUUAUUUUUUCCAAAAACACUUAAAUAUUUUCAGGAAAAAUAUAGUCAACAAAAGUUUAACUUAUCAUGCAUAGUCACUUUACCAAGUUAUCAAAAGCAAGGUUUCGGUCGAUUCCUAAUCGAUUUCAGUUUUCUCCUAUCGAGAACUGAAAAAAUGCCCGGAACUCCAGAAAAACCACUGUCCGAUUUGGGCAGAAUUUCAUAUGCGAGUUAUUGGCGAACUGCUCUUUUUGAAUGGAUUUAUAAGAUGGAUUUGGCCAAAGAUUCGCAAUUCUCAAUUGAAGGUAAUUUUUAUUGUUAAAAUAUUUUCAAAAUUAAUAUGAAACAUAUUUCGAAAUUCCCACACUAACCUCAAGAAUGUGUAUUUCCAAAUCCGUUUUUUUGCGAAAUGACGAAUUUUCAAAAUACUUAAAUUAUGACAUCAUUCUUUGGGUCACGCAAAUAUUAUUAUUAUUCUCAUUUCAAAAAUUUGCAGAUAUUUGUGAUGCAACUGGAAUUGCUAAAUUCGAUAUUGUUGAAGUUUUCGACACUCUUGGCUGGUUCAAAGUUGAAGAUGACAAUAUUGGAUUAUUUAUUGAUUAUGAAUUAGUGAAUUCACAUUGGGAAAAAGUGAAGAAGGAUAAAAGUCGGAUUUGGUUAGAUGAAAAAUGCUUAAAAGUAAGAUAUUUCUUUUGAAAAUUUGAAAAUCUAAUAUGAAUAAACAAAAAUAUCGUGUCAAAAUUUAUAGAAAAACACGAUCAUUUGAUUUUUGCAUUUUUUUACAGCCCUUUGCAGUUUUCUAAUGUUAAUAUAAAAUCUAUAUUUUUUGCAGUGGACGCCUCGAAAUUUCUCCCCAUCAAAAGAUAAUUUUCGAUCACCACUUCGUUCACCAAUCACACCAAUGAAAACACCAACAUCAGCGACGACCAAAACAAGCACACCAAGUGGAGUUUCGUUAGCUGCUGUUGGGAGUACGAUUAAAAGUGUUAGUUGUAAUGUUGCAUGAUUAUAUGUAUUUCAUUUUCAAUUUUUAUUUUUCUUUUUUUUUGUUAAAUUUUUAGUUCUGUCCGUUUCUCGUUUUGUGUGUUGCGAGGUUACGCAUGACCAAGAAAAUAUAUAUAUCGAAAAUGUAUGAAGAUUGGUUUUUACAGGGAGUUUCGACAAGUCGUCGAGCACCUGUUGGAAGAAAUCUGAAACAAAAAUUUGAAGAGGAGAAGAGAGAGAUUCUUGGUAAGUUUUUGGAAGAAAGCUUAAAUAAUUCCUAAAUUAAAUAAUUAUUCAGAAGAUUCAACGAAUAGUGAGAGUGAAAGUUCAGACGAAGAGGAUGAGAAGUUUCGGAAUCGCCGAAAAACAUGGUGCAAAGGUAAUUCAAUAUUUUUAACAAGAAUUAUUUCAAUUCAAAGUUAAUUUUUUGUAGAAUCGAUCAACAGGAAAACACGUAAACGCGAUGAUUCUCCGGAAGAUGAUACACCAAAAAGAGGAAGAAAAGAUACAGGAACAUCAUCGAAAAAAGGAGAAGAAAAACGACGAAAUACGUUGAAUGGUAACAGUGGAAAUAUCAAUGGAGAUUCGAGAUCAAAGAAAAAUCAGCGAGGAGGAAAAAUGAUAUUUGAAGAUUCGAGUGAUAAAAGUAACUCUUCGAGCACUAGUUCCGUCGAAUCUUCUGAUGAGGAUGCUGUUUAUACAACUGGAAAACCACAAAAAGGAAAAACAUCAAGACCUCAAAAAAAUCAGCGCAAAAAACAUGUUCCACCUCAAAAAGGUGGAAAUAGAACUCAGAAUCAAAAACCAAUCCAUAAUCCUGGCAAAGUUUUUCCAAACAAUUGUGCAAAACAAUCAGCUUGUGAAUCAACAAAAAUUAAAAAUGAUCCGAUAAUUGAAGGAGCAUCUGAAACAAAUAUCGGAGAAAAGCUAGAGAAAACUGAAAAUGAGCAAGAAGCUGAAGAAGUUGCUGGUGCGGCUGUAACUGUGAAUGAUACUGGACCUUCUCAUCAAGGAAAUUAUGAAGAAGAUGAGAAAGAUUCGACAUUUAUUGUUCAUCCAAGUACAACAACAACAACUACAGAUGAUAGUGAUAAUAGUGGAGGAGAAAGUGAUGAAGAGAAAAAACGAGAUUGUCAAAUUGACACUAGAUUUGAUCGAAUGACACCACUUUCAACAACAACUGAUAAUUCAGCAAUAAGUAGUCGAGCUGAAACACCAAGACCAAUUGGAGAUCAACCAAUUGGAGAUGAUAUGAUUAAUAUGGGCUUCGAGCCAGAUGAUGAUGAUCAGACAUCUCGAUUUGGUGCGCCUGAAGAAAACGAUGGUCCACCAGCACUCGAUCUUUGUCCAGCUGCGCCACUUCCAAUUGGAGAUGAUGAUAAUCCACCAAUGUUGAAUAUUGUUCCGGAAAAUCAACAAAGAAAUUCACUUUCUCUCGAUGUUUCACAUUCGAUUCAAGAGCCCGACGGAUAUUCAACAGAAGACGAAGCUCCACCACAAUUAUCACCAAAUUUCGGAAAAACCGAGCAAGAUGAGUUGAGUGAAAAAGAGAAGAUGUUGGAGGCGAUGGAUCGACCACCAAUGGCUCCGGUUGCGGCUGGAAUUGAGAUUGAUGAGGACGAAAAAUUGUAUCAACAACAUAGUGCAAAUGCACAAGUUGGAAUUGGUUAGUUUAAUUUUUUUUUUCGAAAUAAUUUUCACGUGACUAACCUUUCACGUUAAUUUUGUUUUUUUUUUCAUUUUAAAAAUUGAAUAUUUUAUUUUUUAGGAUCUGUUGGAGCACCUGGUUCGAAUCAAAUGAUGAUGCAACCACCGAUGUCGAACAACAUGAUGACACCAACUUCGCAACAUCCAUAUUCUCAAGGACCUGGGUAAGUAGUGGGAUGGUUUUUAGAAAUAUAAAUCUAGAUAACUUAGAGCUUCUUCUGAACUUUGACAAAUUAAUUUCCAAGUUCUGACCUUCAAAAUUGGUAUUUUUCGUUUAGAUUUUGGCAGUACCAAAUUAAUUCCGACCAAUUUUUUAAAAUUUUUCAAAAAAUUAUCUUUUCUAAACAGUUUUUUUUUAAAUAUAAUGAGAUUCAGGGGAAAAUAUAAGAAACUGAAUUUUUAAAAAAUAAUAAUUUGGUCCCUGCCUGGUUCACCAAAUAUCAUACAUAAAAUGGGUCCCCAGAAUCGGGGUGAGGGGCUUAACUUUUUUCAAAAAUCUGAAGGGAAGGGUGCCUAACUUAGCCAAUUUUCUGCUGAUAAUUUACCAAAAUUCCCAGAUUUGUCCAAAAUUCGCUCAAAAAUGUGAGGAAGGUGUAUACCUUUGGAAAAUUUUCAAGAAGGAUCUCUAACUUUGAAAACUGACGCAGGGGACCUAUUUUAUGUAUGCCAAAUAUUUUUUCUAAGUUUUCUCAUUUUUCAGAUCGAUGCAACAAGCAACGCCUGGAAGUGGCGGGGUUCCAUCGUGCAAUCCAAUGUACAAUCAAAGUACACCCGAACAACAAUCUCAACAAAAUCAACAAACAUUCAUGAGUCCAUCAAUGCAAGGAAUGCCCUCUUCAGUCUCAUCAGUUCAUUCGGUUCAUAAUUCUUCGAUGGAAAUGCCUGGACCAUCUCAACCUUCGCAAGUUCAACAGGUUCCACAACAACAACAACAACAGUAUGUUCAACAAAAUGAUAUGAUGCAAAAUGGUCCAUCAACAUCGAUGGCACAAUUUGGAAGUCCUCAAAAUGUGCAGCAACCUGUUUCACAGCCAGUUGUUACGCAACAUCAACAGCAACAGGUUCAACAAAUUCAGCAACAUAGAAAUAGCGGAGGAAGAGAAUCAUCGAGUAGUAGAAAGCAAAGACAGGCUCAACAACAGGCUCAACAACAAGCUCAACAUCAGCAACAAUUACAGCAGCAACAACAUAUGCAGCAAAUGCAGCAACAUAUGAAUAUGCAAUUUCAUGGUUAUCCUCCCGGUUAUUCAAAUUAUCCGUAUCCACCAUUUGACGCUUUCAAUUAUCAAUAUUGGCCAGGUCAAAUGUUUCCACAAUAUUAUACUCAACCUGGAAGAAUGCCAACAACUACAGCAGCGACAGCAAAUCAAGCAUGGCCAGCUUAUCAAAAUGGAGCCGUCGCUGCUCAAGGAUCAAAUGCGAAUCCUACAGGAGCAGUCGCAGCCGCUGGAGUUCCACCCCAUCAAUUUCCGCCAAAUCCAGCUGCUGGACCAUUUCCCGGAUUUCCGCCCGAUCUCUACUCAAAUUUUUAUAUGAAAAAUGGAUAG